AUGCACAGGCCAAACGAGGCGCUAGGGGAUUUGCAAACUGCCCGACAGAAACGACCGGCAUGGAUUGCCAUCUACAGAGCCUACUCCGCGCGAGAGCCGCAUAGAAGCUCGUCUAGAGAUAUGUCCGACCUGUGCGGCGAUGCUACCGUCACCGAAAGGAGCUAUACUGCGACUAUUGGCGCGGCAUCGGUCGCAACGCCUCCAACGGCCGACGGCACAUGGCUGGUGGAUGCUCUCAACUGCCGCACGGGGCAAUAUGCAUCUCCCCGGGAGGCACUAGGUGUUGGUUGUCUGUCUAUCAAACCUCCCAUCCCCCACUUGAUCUCAUGGCAGCAGAAUGAUGUGUCACCCGUGCAGAACAUGACUCGCUAA